AUGUACGAAGACCAAUCAAAAAUACUAGAUCACUUUCAGUCACCACCACCACCACCACCACCACCACCACCACCACCACCACCACCACCACCACCACCACCACCACCUGAAGCGUCUGCAAAUCUACCCGACCAACCUGGAAAACCUCGCCCGGGGCCGGCCGUCCUGUUGGAGGACAAUGAAGACAGGCGCAGCUGUCUAUGGAGCCAACGGCAUCACCGCCGCAAAAUCCAAACGCGAGGCUCGCAAAUCUCAACCUCGCCCACCUCGCAAUGCCAACGCUCAACCAUUCCCGACCUGCCCACGCAGUCAGCGGACGUUCCGAGCACCAAUCGGCCUUGUAGGACAUCCUCGUUCCAACUGCAGCACCCGGAAUACACUAGUUGUUGUCUCCCCGUCCACCCCAGCCUCGCCCUCCACACCGACAUUCAUUUCUAACCGUGCUUCUGAUCUUCACUUGCCCUCCCCCACAGUCUCAAUAACUGCCACGGUGGCUCUUGCCCCCAACACCACUGCACACAACCCUAAAGUACCGACAAACAUCAACCUCACCACCGCCAACAGCAGUAAUGUGGACUCGGUCCAUACCUGUUCUCAUUGCGAUCGCACAUUCACCUCACACAUUGGUGUCAUUUGCGAAUCCAUCGCACAUAGACUGGCGAACCAGUGCCUGGAGCGCCAACAUACACUCGACGCAUCCACCUCAACUGUCCUCACUGCGUCCGCACAUUCCACCACCUCAUGGACCUUCUAG